CAGUCAGUCAGUCGGUCCCCAGCAAUGGCGGAAGGAGGUGAGCGAGAGGAGCUGCUCUCGCCGCCGCCGGUCUCUCCGGCCAAGAGGCUUUGCCCAUGGCCCAGCCCGCAGGCUCACCACCCCCGCGGCUUGCCCGGGGCGGCCGGCGGAGGGGUGGGGGGCGUCGGCAGCUGCUGCCUGGCUCCCGGGGCCCGCCCCCACCUGCAGCCGGAGUCCUUGCUGGACUGCGCCGCCAAGACGGUGGCGGAAAAGUGGGCGUACGAGCGGGUGGAGGAGCGCUUCGAGCGGAUCCCGGAGCCCGUGCAGCGCCGCAUCGUCUACUGGUCCUUCCCGCGGAACGAGCGGGAGAUCUGCAUGUACUCUAGCUUCCAGUACCGGGGCGGCCCGGGCGCCGGCUCUGCGGGAGGCGCCACGGGGGCUUCGCCGGCCGAGGAGGGGCCGCAGCCGCCCCCCGGGGCCGCCGCUCCGGCCGGCUCCGCCUCCGGGGCCUCAGCAGCCGGGGCGUCCCCGGGGCUGGGCAGUGGGGCUGGCGCGGGCAGCGGCGGCAGUGGCGGCGAGGGGCUGCCGUUCCGCCGCGGCAUCCGUCUGCUGGACAGCGGCUCCGUGGAGAACGUGCUGCAAGUCGGCUUCCAUCUGAGUGGUACAGUAACUGAGCCAGGCACUGCUUCAGAACCAGCAGUAACUUACAAAGUUGCCAUCAGUUUUGAUCGAUGCAAAAUCACUUCUGUGACAUGUGGCUGUGGGAAUAAGGACAUAUUCUACUGUGCUCAUGUGGUAGCACUCUCACUCUACAGGAUCCGUAAACCAGAGCAAGUCAAAUUACGUCUUCCUAUCUCAGAAACCCUUUUCCAGAUGAACAGGGACCAGCUACAGAAGUUUAUUCAAUAUUUAAUUACUGCCCAUCACACUGAAGUACUUCCUACUGCACAAAAACUGGCAGAUGAGAUUCUGUCCUCCAACUCAGAAAUCAACCAAGUGAACGGUGCACCUGACCCCACAGCUGGGGCCAGCAUUGAUGACGAGAACUGUUGGCAUUUGGACGAGGAGCAGGUGAAAGAACAAGUGAAGCUAUUUCUUUCCCAGGGGGGUUACUAUGGCUCUGGGAAGCAGCUCAACUCAAUGUUUGCCAAGGUUAGAGAGAUGCUGCAGAUGAGAGAUUCCAAUGGAGCCAGGAUGUUGACACUUAUAACUGAGCAGUUUAUGGCUGACCCACGACUCACACUCUGGAGGCAGCAAGGAACAAGCAUGACAGAGAAGUGCAGGCAGCUCUGGGAUGAGCUAGGAGCAUUAUGGGUAUGUAUAAUUUUAAACCCACACUGCAAGCUGGAAGAAAAAUCCUGUUGGCUACAGCAACUACAGAAGUGGAGUGACCUGGAUGUCUGUCCCCUAGAGGAUGGAAACUAUGGACAUGAACUUCCCAACAUCACCAAUGCACGUCCCCAGAGUGCCAGUCACAGUCCCGACUCCUUAUCCCAACCAAGACGAACAGUGUUCACUAGAGCCAUUGAAGGCCGCGAAUUACACUGGCAGGACAGCCAUCUACAGCGAAUAAUCAGCAGUGAUAUAUACAUAGCUCCUGUCUGCCAGCGGGAAAAUGAGCAACUACUCUUCAAUUCCCAUGGUCAGCCACUGUGGCUUGAGCAUGUGCCUACAGCUUGUGCUCGAGUUGAUGCCCUGCGUUCUCAUGGUUAUCCAAAAGAGGCCCUCAGGCUCACAGUGGCCAUUAUUAAUACUCUGAGGUUACAGCAGCAGCGGCAACUAGAAAUCUACAAGCAUCAGAAAAAAGAACUGUUGCAAAGAGGAACCACAACCAUUACAAACCUGGAGGGCUGGGUGGGCCACCCUCUUGAUCCCAUUGGCUGCCUGUUUCUCACUUUGACGGAGGCUUGUCGCCUGAAUGAUGAUGGCUAUAUGGAAGUGUCAGAUAUAAAUGAAAGCAGACUCCCUGUGUACCAGCAUGUACCUGUGGCAUCAGGCUGCCCAAACAGUGGUGAGUCCUACCUGUCAUUGGCCCUGGAAGUUGCUCUUAUGGGCAUGGGUCAGCAAAGGGUAAUGCCUGAAGGCCUCUACGCGCAAGACAAGGUAUGCCGUAAUGAGGAACAGCUUCUGAGCCAACUCCAGGAACUGCAGCUAGAUGAUGAGCUAGUACAAACAUUACGGAAACAGUGCAUCUUACUGCUGGAAGGAGGCCCCUUCAGCGGGCUAGGAGAAGUCAUCCACCGAGAGAGUGUUCCUAUGCAUACCUUUGCCAAGUAUUUGUUCUCAGCUCUGCUGCCUCAUGACCCAGACCUUUCUUAUAAAUUAGCCUUACGUGCCAUGAGGUUACCUGUUCUAGAAAACUCUGCUUCUGCAGGUGAUAGUUCACACCCUCACCAUAUGAUGUCUGUGGUGCCCAGCCGUUAUCCUCGCUGGUUCACACUUGGACACUUGGAAUCACAGCAGUGUGAAUUAGCCUCAACCAUGCUGACUGCUGCCAAAGGGGAUACUCUGAGGUUGCGAACUAUUCUGGAAGCAAUACAGAAACACAUCCAUUCUUCUUCCCUCAUCUUCAAACUGGCUCAAGAUGCAUUCAAGAUUGCUACUCCCACAGACAGUAGUACAGACAGUACCCUCCUCAAUGUGGCCUUGGAACUGGGAUUACAGGUGAUGCGGAUGACAUUAUCAACCCUUAACUGGAGGCGCCGGGAGAUGGUUCGGUGGUUGGUGACAUGUGCUACAGAAGUGGGUGUGCGGGCCCUGGUGAGCAUCUUGCAGAACUGGUACACACUCUUCACACCCACCGAGGCUACUAGUAUUGUAGCUGCCACAGCUGUAUCCCACACCACUAUCCUGCGCCUCAGUCUUGACUACCCACAACGGGAGGAACUGGCUAGCUGUGCUCGCACACUGGCCCUGCAGUGUGCUAUGAAGGAUCCACAGAGCUGUGCCUUGUCAGCCCUUACUCUCUGUGAGAAAGACCACAUUGCCUUUGAGGCAGCCUAUCAGAUUGCCAUUGAUGCUGCUGCUGGUGGUAUGACCCAUUCACAGCUGUUCACCAUUGCCCGCUACAUGGAGCUCCGUGGCUACCCGCUCCGUGCCUUCAAGCUGGCCUCCUUGGCCAUGAGCCAUCUUAACCUGGCCUACAACCAGGAUACACACCCAGCCAUCAAUGAUGUGCUCUGGGCUUGUGCCCUCAGCCAUUCACUAGGCAAGAAUGAGCUGGCAGCCCUCAUCCCCCUAGUGGUGAAGAGUGUGCACUGUGCCACGGUGCUUUCAGACAUCCUGCGGCGAUGCACAGUGACUGCACCUGGCCUGGCUGGCAUCCCGGGCCGCCGCAGCUCGGGAAAGCUCAUGUCCACUGACAAAGCUCCACUGCGCCAGCUGCUGGAUGCCACCAUCAAUGCCUAUAUCAACACUACACACUCGCGUCUGACACACAUCAGCCCCCGCCACUACGGAGAGUUCAUUGAGUUUCUGAGCAAGGCUCGGGAAACCUUCCUGCUGCCCCAGGACGGCCACUUGCAAUUUGCCCAGUUUAUUGACAACCUCAAGCAGAUUUACAAAGGCAAGAAGAAGCUGAUGCUGCUGGUUCGGGAGCGCUUUGGCUGAGAAAGCAGGUAGCUCACUGUCAGGGCAGCCUGGAUUCCCAGGUACCAUCAAGUCAGGCCAAGGACAUUAAAACAUUUGUCCACCCUGAGAGGACUCUGAGCACUCAGAGCAAAGGAUGGGGAGAGUCCAACUGUAGCCAAAUGCCUGCCUUGGAAAACUUUUUUACAGCCCACCCACUGUUCCUGGAGGAUCUGGGCCCUGCAUAUUGAUCAGAAACCCCACAACAUGCCACCUCACGCCCUUAUAUCCUGCGUGUCCUGGGCAUUGGCCCCUCUCCCUUGGCAAACACAGAACACUGUUCCGACUCAGGGAUUGCUUAACCAGAGAAACAGAAGCAUUUAUGGUACUGUAUAUACUAUAGUAUAUGUGUUGCCAAUUAUUGUAAAAUUGUAACUAUUUAUAAUUCCAGCUCUGAUUUGAUGAGCACUUAAAAGUAGCUGUGGGUGGGAGGACAGGCUUGUUUUCUGAGGAGACUCACAACCAUUUCUCAGGUUUCCCUUGCAGAGUGUAUGAUGUUGUCAGUGGAUGAGUGGGGGUGGCAGAGAGAAAAAAAAGGACAGUUAAAAUAAAUCCCAAGUCUUGUCUAUGCAGAAACCCCAGCCUGAAGACAGAGAAUCUGUAGCCCAAUGGUGGGCGAGGGGCAGAGGCCAAGACUGGACUUAAAACUUUUGCCUCUCAAAGCAAUGAAGACACUGAAACUCCUGCCCCUGCCUCAUGCAGCCUCUCCAUGAGCCUGCUAAGUCCCUGAAUAACAGGUUCAGGGAGAAGAUGAGUCUGAGAAGCCACUGAGCUCAUAAUAUGCAUCUGCUGUGGUCACCUUUAUGUUAGAGAGAAUCUGGUUUCAUUUCCAAUUCUCUGUGCGUGAUUGUCUGUAUGGCUAAGUACAAGUGUCUAUGUAUAUAUGUGAUACAUGUUUAUGUUGAACUUUAGAUUUCUGUUCACUGUUUAAGUUGCAAAUGUGUGAUAAUAUAUAUCUGUAAGUCCAUUCCUGUUUGCAUGUACAUGUACACACAGUGUAUAUGUAUAAACAUGUUUGUAUCUGUGUGUGUGCCUGCUAGCCAUGGGUCAGCAUAGUGCAUCUUUAUAUGUAUAACUAAGUUAUUUCUAUAUUAGUUAUAUUUGUGUAUUCAUGUUUGAAUAUCUGCAUGAAUGUGUCCAUUCUUGUGGAUUUUUUUUUGUUUUGCCAGAUCUCUUUCCCAUUCCUUAGUCUCUUUCUCCAACUAAACAUUUGUUUUCAUCUCAUGCCUCCUCUGUUCACCAUUCUCCCAACAAAUAAGCCUCUAAACACCAGUGUCCCUUUGCCCCAAGAUUGGUUGCUUCGGUUUCAAUUCUUAAGACUCGCUUCUUUUCUCCUGCCUUUCUACCUCAAGCCUCCUCUACCUGCUUUUGUCAUAGUCCCAUUGGUUGCUCAUUUGGAGACUGAGGUGGUUAUGCCUUUGGCCUUCCCCUUCCUAAUUUCUAGCCCUAGUGUACAACCUGUCUUAGCCUUAGCUUACCUCCUCAGUGUAUCAUGUUCCUGCUACCUUCCUGACUCAUAUGCUCAGCCUAGAAUCAUUAUAGGAGGUAGCAAGGGCAUUCAAGAGUUGAUUGGAUACCAAUGUCUUGGGUGUUUACUGUUUUGUGUCUUAGUUCCUGAAUUGGGGUGGGGUUCGAUAGGGAAUGGGUGGUGUAGCUAGAGUGUGAACCAAGGACCUGUCUGCUUUACUUUUCUCUUUAAAAAACUAUUUAUGUCAUCUUUUUUACUCCAAACUGUCCAGUAAGUUGUAUUUGCUGUUUGUGGCUACUUAAGUCUUGCUGUCCAGCCAAGGGCCCCUCCAAUGUCUCAGCCCAAUGGGUUGGUUAAAAAAAAAAAGCCACUCCCAUUUCUGUAUCACAAUUGCCCUUUUUUAGCAACUAUGUGAACUCAAUGCUUUUCUAUGAAUAAAUCAUGGAUCACAGAAAAGAAUUUUCUAAAAACAGGAAUUGUGUUCUCUCAAUAAACAAGGCCCUUCUUUUCCUUUUUCAUUGCUCUGGCUGGAACAGGGAACUGGCUGGGGCCUACAGUAAAUAUGGAAUGUCAGAUGAAUUUCCUGCCACACA